AUGUCUUCAGCUCGUCCAACAAAAGUUCCACUCGCCAAACCACUCUCCACUAAUCAACUCCACAAGGAACAAAUUAAAGAGGCUUUGAAAGGAGCCAAUGAUGAACAAAAGCAAGAUUUAUUUCAAAAAAAGAAGAAUCACAUUGAAAACUAUCACAGAAUUUUGAAUAAAAUCAAGCCUAGUAAGAAACCAUUCAACCAAAAAUUAAAUGUUCCACUUAUUCCGAAGAAGGAAGAUUUGGAAAAACUUGAAGAUGAAGAAAUUGGCUUUGACCAAGCAAUGAAAGAUUAUAUUGAUAGUGAAUUAACUUUUGAUGAUGAAAAUAAUACCGCAACAUUCUUUUUAGAUGAUGCUGAUCCUGAUUUUAAACGAGCUGCUACUGGAAAUGAUGAAAUUGAGGAAGAUCCUGAUUAUGAAUAUGACCAAGAACCAAUCGAGGAUGAAAUUUACUCUGCUAAACCAUUGUCUAGACCACAAGCAAUUAAAGCAUUUACUGGAAUGGAUGAUAAAUUAUUUGGUAAACAAUUCAAAUUUAUUACAACAGGAUAUUACAAGGUUGCUAUUGCUGAAGCAAGUAGACAAUCAUCUAUUAAACAUAUACAAUUGGAAAAGAGUGAAGUGAUAGAAACCAUCAAACAACUCAAGUCAUAUGAUAGAUCUAUUACCGAACCAGGAGAAGGACUUUUGUUUGCUGACCAAGAUCCUAGUCUUACAUUCUUCAUUUCAGUUUAUCUUAAGAAUCCAUACUUGCAUAAUAUUUCCUCACCAGUUGACGUUCCUCUCUUGAAACCAAUUUUGAACUUCUCUAAGGAACAACUUCCAUUCUCAUCUCUUCAAAUGUUGUUGAUUGUACAAGACGACCAAUAUGAACAAUAUACAAAUAUCUUGAAAGAAUCCGAAUAUAUUGGAAAACUCAAAGUUAUGAAACUCUCUGAAGUCAUGCUUGAUAUUGGUACUACUUAUCUUAACGGAAACACAUUUGAAAAUACUAGAUACAACAGAUUCAACGAAAAGAAGCACUUUUUGAAUCAAUAUGAUUUACUGUUUUGUGAUACUACCCUUUCCAAGAAAGUUUCUGCAUUGUUCAACUCAUACAAGAAGAGAAAGCAAGGUUUCCGUCCAGUCACAUCUGAAAAUGUUCUUGAUUGGGUUAAGAAUGACUUGACUCACUCAAAGGCAUUCAUCACUCAAGGUAACUCACAUUUCACAAUCAGAAUUGCUCGUACUGAAUGGGAAGAAAAGGAUAUUUUUGCAAAUAUUUCACACUUUUUGGAAAAUAAGUCAAAUAAUGCUGAAACUAAGGAAGCAUUCUCUCAAUUGUGUCAAACUGAUAUCAGAAUGGUCAUGUUGCACACUAACCGUUCAAUUUAUGUAAAGAUUUACGAAAAUGUUGAUAUUGAUAUGGAAAAGGCUAAAGUUUUCAAAGCUGAAAAGAGAUGGAAGAAUAAGGAUGCUCCUGUUGAACCAGUUAAGGAAGUCCCAUCAACACCAAAGAAGGGUACCAAGUCAACUGAAGCUGCUACUCCAAAGAAGGCCGAAUCAACUCCAAAGAAGGCUGAAGCAACUCCAAAGAAAUCAGCUCCAACUCCAAAGAAGGCUGAAGUUAAGGAAGUUGUUGAACAACCAACUACACCAAAGAAGACUGAAACUAAGGAAGAAUCCAAGUCAGCUAAGAAGCAACAAACUCCAAAGAAGGUUGAAGAAAAGCAAGAAGCUCAACCUGUCACCCCAAAGAAAACACCAAAGAAGGUAGAAUCAACCCCAAAGAAGACUGAAGCUGUUGUUGAAAAAGUUGCUGAACCAGUUGCCCAAGAAACUCCAAAGAAAUCCCAAACUCCAAAGAAGGCUGCUACUCCAAGUGCUACUCCAAAACGUUCAGUAGAAGGUUUGAAGGCCAAACUCGGAUCUGUGCAGAAAAAGAAAUAAAUUAUAAAAAGAAAUUUUAAAUUUUUU